GUGUGGUGUGGAGCCCGGUGGCAACCAUUUACGGUGAUGGCUCGUCAGCCAUCGAUUUGUUUGUUUCUUUUAUAGGGUUUAGCUGCUGAGCAAGACUCGAAAGGGUGAGAAAUCAGAAAUAGAAACAAGAAGUUACAGUUGGUUCAAUCAACGCACUGAUUGAGGAGAAGAAGGAAAAAAAAGAAUAUAAGUAAAAAAAAUCCCCGUUUCAAUUGUCUCUAGCUUCUUCUUCUUCUUCUUCUUCUUCUUGAUGAUUCAUUGCCUUCAAAAUAAACAAGGCCAGUAAGGAUUCUGUGUAGCAAGUGUGAUUUGAUGGAUCUAAAGAUCUAACACUUUCGCUAUUACACGAGGAACUGAAAUAUUUGGGCCAGAUCGCCGUCGUUUUCGUUUGUCUGGUUCGCUAGCUGACCUGAAAGACCACGAAGGGCCGGCUAAUGAUUCAGUAUUGGUUGGUUCUCCGGUGUGAAAGCGUGUGAUACGUCUUUUUUGAUCGGGAGAGCUCAGUGCAUCCAUCUUGGAUGUUGAGACAUUGGUGGUGGGUCUUGAUGAGAUGAGGGAUGUUAUCAAGGUUGAUAAACUUUCUGAGGGCCUGCUGGCGGCCAUCAUCGGACCAUGUGCAUACAAGUUCAGAUGUGGCUGGCAAACAAGAUGGGCUCCUUUGGUACAAAGACAUUGGGCAGCACUUUAAUGGUGAAUACUCAAUGGCAGUCGUUCAAGCCAACUUUUUGCUGGAGGACCGGAGUCAGAUUGAGUCAGGCUGCUUGAGCUUUCUAGAUUCUGGCCCAUAUGGAACAUUUGUUGGAGUAUAUGAUGGUCAUGGUGGGGCUGAAACCUCACGCUAUAUCAAUGAUCACCUUUUUGAGAAUCUCAAGAGGUUUACUUCCAAGCAACAUUCGAUGUCAGUGGAUGUGAUAAAAAAGGCAUUUCAAGCAACAGAAGAGGGGUUUCUCUCUCGUGUUGCUGAGCAGUGGCCAAUGAAACCUCAGAUUGCAGCUGUUGGAUCUUGCUGCCUGGUUGGAGUGAUCUGCAACGGGACAUUUUACAUUGCCAACCUUGGUGAUUCUCGUGCAGUUAUGGGAAAGCUUGUCAAGGCAACAGGAGAUGUUCUUGCUGUACAGCUGUCAACAGAGCAUAAUGCAAGCAUAGAGUCUGUCAGACAGGAAUUGCGAUCUCUGCAUCCAGAUGACUCACAGAUUGUAGUUCGAAAACAUAAUGUAUGGCGUGUAAAGGGACUGAUACAGGUUUCUAGAUCAAUAGGUGAUGUUUAUCUAAAGAAGGCUGAAUUCAACAGGGAGCCUUUAUAUGCUAAGUUUCGCCUUCGUGAGCCUUUUACUAGGCCUAUAUUAAGCUCUGAACCAUCAAUUUCUGUGUGUGAACUCCAGCCAGAUGAUCAAUUUGUCAUAUUGGCAUCAGAUGGAUUGUGGGACCAACUUAGCAAUCAGGAAGCUGUGGAUAUAGUACAAAAUCACCCUCACAAUGGAAGUGCUCGAAGGCUGGUGAAAGCGGCACUGCAGGAAGCAGCCAAGAAAAGAGAGAUGAGGUAUUCGGAUCUGAAGAAGAUUGACCGUGGAGUGAGGCGACAUUUCCACGACGAUAUCACAGUCGUAGUAGUGUUUCUUGAUUCGAAUCUUGUGAGCAGAGCAAGCUCUGUCAAAGGCCCUGCCUUGUCGCUGAGAGGAGGCGGGGCGAAUCCAUCUGCAUCUGCAAAAAGCUCGGCUGCUUAUGCCACACCUACUGGACUGGGUGCCAUAUGACCCCAAGAUAGAGUUAUUCAUCUUGAGUUCAAGCAUUAUCCUUUUUUGAACUUCUUGUUAGAUUAAUUCUUUAAUGUACAAUGUAACACCUAGCUUAACAUGGGGCAGGCACAUUACUGAGUUUCUUGGGAAGAAAGAAACAAAAGGAGGAAAAGAAAGGAAUCAUCAGGAAAAAAGAGAACUUCAAAUCAAAAGAGUAAGGGAUUGCUUCCUGAAGAUGGGUCUCUUCAGUCUUCAACUUACUGAUUUUCCAUUUUUCCUCGAUCAUUUGGUUUCUGCUGUGAUCUACAUUUAUGUGAAAUCUGAAGAACGCUGCUGGACAUCAAAUUUUAUGCUUAUGUUUGUGAAGUUACAUAUUAAGAAGGAAAUUGUAUUAUUAGUUUCCAAUUAACAAUGCUGUCACCUCACUCUAGAGCUAA